GACGUGCCCGCCAGCCGGCUUUUCCUGCCUACGUCUCACACCUGGCAGGGGAUCUCAAGUGUUCCCUGGUGUGGUAUUUCUAUCCUUGACAAGAUAGAUUAUUCUGGGAGAAAGAAUCUGGUCUCUUCUAUGCCCAGAAAGGACAGAUUUCUUUAAAUGAUUUUCAAGAGAGCUGUGCUGCAAAGUGGCAAAAGGAAGCAGGAUGCCAAUGCCUCUGGGAAAACUGAUCCUUUUUACCAGUGUGAUGGCUAGUGGGGGCGGUGCCCUUAUGUAUUACCUUAUACAAAAAACUUUUUCCAGGGCUUCCUAUUACCAGUUGGCACUGGAGCAGCUGCAUAGCCAUCCCAAGGCCCUGGAAGCUCUGGGCACUCCUCUCAGCAUUCACUAUCUUGAACUCACUGACAAGUACAACUUUGUGGACAUUGCUGAUGCCCAGUUGAAGAUUCCUGUCUCUGGAUCCAAGUCAGCAGGCUAUCUCUAUGUCAGCUCAUCCAGAGAUGCCCCCUUUAACAGGUGGCACCUUCAGGAGGUCUUCUUAGAGCUCAAGGAUGGUCAGCAGAUUCCCGUGUUUAAGAUCAGACAGCAGAAUGGUGAUAAAGUAAAAAUGGAGUAAAGAUGAUCA